AUGGUUGUACCAAUAUCUCAAGAAUUACCGGUUUUAAGAAAAUAUGAAGAUGUAAUGUUAAGAAAUAUUAAUGAUUUAUGUAUUGAAUGUUGGAAUUUAUAUACAUCAUUUGAUGAUUUAAAUGAAUCUAGUUAUGAUUUUUUAACACAAAUAAUUAAUGAUAGAAACUUGAGAUUUUCAAAUUUAUAUUAUGAAUGUAGUUAUAAGGAACUUGAAGGUUCUAUUAUGGUGCCUGAAAAUAAAAAAUUAAAAAGUUUAGAUGAAUUAAAUAAAAAAAUAUUAAAAAAUUGUGAAUCAUUAACUGAAAUUGUUGAAGUUAAUUUUCCAAAUUUAAUAUCAAAAUUUGAAAAAAUUGUUACAAAAGUUAAAAAAAUUGAUAUUAGUAAUUAUAUGGAAAAAAUGUCUAAUAAUGAUAAAUUAUUAUUAAAUCAUAAAGUGAAAGAAGGAAAAAUAAUUUUACCUACUUUUUUAGAAUGUAUAAAAAAAGAAUUAAAAUUUAAGAUAUCAGGAUUAAAAGAUAUUGCAUAUGCUCCAGAUAAUACAAAUGAUAUUAGUAUUGGUAUUUUAGCAGCAUGGAAACAUUAUAUAUAUAUAGAUUAUUCAUUAAUUAAUAGUUUGUAUUGUUUAGCUAUUUCUUAA